CAACGCCAAAAUCCAAACCAGCGAGUUGAAACGGUUUAUAAAAGGCACAAGCUCCCGCAAUUCUCACAAGCUCAUCAUAGUUUUUUCAGAACAAGGCCAUGGAGAAGAGAGCUCUGCCUCUGGUUUUUAUGCUUGCCUUGCUUUUCUUCAAGCUUUCCAAUGCAGCUGUGUACAAAGUUGGAGAUUCUGGUGGAUGGACGACCAUUGGCAAUAUCGAUUACAAGCUUUGGGCUGCUACCAAAACCUUUCAACUUGGCGACACUAUCCUUUUCGAGUACAAUCCUCAGUUUCACAAUGUGAUGCGAGUGACACACGCCAUGUACAGAGCCUGCAAUGCUUCAGCCCCCAUAGCCACUUACACUUCCGGCAAUGACUCCAUCGCAAUCACAACCAAAGGCCACCACUACUUCCUCUGUGGCGUCCCGGGACACUGCCAGGCGGGGCAAAAGGUUGACAUAAACGUGCUUCGCACAACCCAUCAACCGGCUCCAGCGCCUCCGGCUGCAGUGCCCCCUCCUCCUUUUGUCCCUGCAGCCAAAAUUCCAGGGUCUUCUCCGAAUAAUGCCGUGUCUUUGAAAUCUUUGACAUCUCUUCUUGGUAAGUUUGGCUUGACAAUGCUACUACUAUUUUUGUCUUAAUUAGUGUAGCUCGGGACUAUUUUGAGGCCUUGCACUUGUUGUGUUGGACUAUUUUGGAGGCCUCUGGGAUGGAAUUAUAUUUUGUAUUAUAGUAAAUUGUAAGAUUUGGUUUUGUGUUCUUGAAACUAGAACAAUAAAACGUGUAGAGAAAUUUUAUUGAA